GCUGGCUCUUCAAAUGGACUAAUUAUAUCAAAGGCUACCAGCGGCGGUGGUUCGUGCUGAGCAACGGGCUCCUGAGCUACUACAGGUCAAAGGCAGAAAUGAGACAUACCUGCCGUGGUACCAUCAACCUGGCCACAGCCAACAUCACUGUGGAGGACUCUUGCAACUUCAUCAUCUCCAAUGGGGGUGCCCAGACCUACCACCUGAAGGCCAGCUCGGAAGUGGAGCGGCAGCGCUGGGUGACGGCCCUGGAACUGGCCAAGGCCAAGGCUGUGAAGAUGCUGGCAGAAUCGGAUGAGUCAGGAGAUGAAGAGUCUGUCUCGCAAACUGACAAGACAGAGCUGCAGAACACCCUCCGGACCCUGACCAGCAAAGUGGAAGACCUGAGCACAUGCAACGACCUGAUAGCCAAGCACGGCACGGCACUGCAGCGCUCCCUCAGUGAGCUAGAGUCCCUGCGGCUGCCCGCCGAGAGCAACGAAAAGAUCAAGCAGGUCAAUGAACGGGCCACACUCUUCAGGAUCACAUCCAAUGCCAUGAUCAAUGCCUGCAGAGAUUUCCUUAUGUUAGCUCAGACCCAUAGUAAAAAAUGGCAGAAAUCACUACAGUAUGAGCGAGACCAGCGGAUCCGGCUAGAAGAGACCUUGGAGCAGCUGGCGAAGCAGCAUAAUCACCUGGAGCGGGCCUUCCGAGGAGCCACAGUGCUGCCAGCACAUGCUCCUGGCAGUGCGGGUCCUGGCAAAGAUCAAUGCUGCUCUGGCAAAGGAGACAUGAGUGACGAAGAUGAUGAGAAUGAAUUUUUUGAUGCUCCUGAGAUCAUCACCACGCCUGAAAGUUUGGGCCACAAGCGUACUGGCAGCAACAUCAGUGGAGCCAGCAGUGACAUCAGCCUUGAUGAACAGUACAAGCAUCAGCUGGAAGAGACCAAGAAGGAAAAGAGAACUAGAAUACCAUACAAACCAAACUAUAGCCUCAACUUGUGGAGCAUCAUGAAGAACUGCAUCGGAAAGGAACUCUCUAAGAUCCCCAUGCCGGUGAACUUUAAUGAGCCCUUAUCGAUGCUUCAGCGCCUUACUGAAGAUCUGGAAUACCAUGAGCUUUUAGACCAAGCUGCAAAGUGUGAGAACUCUCUAGAACAGCUCUGUUAUGUUGCAGCUUUCACCGUGUCCUCCUACUCCACUACUGUUUCCCGUACCAGCAAGCCAUUCAACCCACUCCUUGGGGAGACCUUCGAACUGGACCGAUUAGAGGAGAAUGGGUACCGAUCCCUCUGUGAGCAGGUGAGUCAUCAUCCCCCGGCCGCUGCACACCAUGCGGAGUCCAAAAAUGGCUGGACAUUGCGUCAGGAGAUCAAAAUCACCAGCAAGUUUCGAGGCAAAUACCUCUCCAUCAUGCCCCUUGGUAGCAUCCACUGUAUUUUCCAUGCGACUGGGCACCACUACACUUGGAAGAAAGUUACCACCACAGUGCACAACAUUAUCGUGGGCAAGUUGUGGAUAGACCAGUCUGGUGAAAUUGAUAUUAUAAAUCACAAGACAGGAGACAAGUGCAAUCUUAAAUUUGUUCCUUAUAGCUACUUUUCUCGGGAUGUGGCGAGAAAGGUGACAGGGGAGGUGACAGAUCCAUCAGGGAAAGUUCACUUUGUGCUGCUGGGGACGUGGGAUGAGAAAAUGGAUUGUUUCAAAGUCCAGCCCUUCGCUGGGGACAAUGGGGGUGAUGCUCGACAGAGAGGCCACGAAGCGGAGGAGAACAGGGUGGAGCUGUGGAAGAAGAACCCGUUGCCGGAGAACGCGGAGAACAUGUACUACUUCUCGGAGCUCGCGCUGACGCUCAACGCCUGGGAGGCGGGCACGGCCCCCACCGACAGCCGGCUGCGGCCCGACCAGAGGCUGAUGGAGAACGGGCGCUGGGACGAGGCCAACGCGGAGAAGCAGCGCCUGGAAGAGAAGCAGAGGCUCUCCAGGAAGAAGAGGGAGGCGGAGGCGGCGAGGGCCACCGAGGACGGCACGCCCCACGACCCCUACAAGGCGCUGUGGUUUGAGCGGAAGAAGGACCCGGUGACCAGCGAGCUAACCCACAUUUACAGGGGCGGGUACUGGGAGUGUAAAGAAAAGCAGGAGUGGACCGCAUGCCCGGACAUUUUCUGAGUGGACAGUACCGAGCGGAGGACGCUAAGGCCACGAGGACAGAGGAAGCGGGAAAGCUGGCGGUGGGCGCCUCACCCAGGGCUUUCCUCCAGUGUCUGUCUGAACCAAUCCUUUUUCCAAAUCAAUCACCAGAAGCAGACGCCAGGGGUGGUGAUUGGCUGGUUGCC